CAGUAGGCCGAACUGUUUUCAGCACCGAAGGCCAAAGAAGGGUAACAUAAUGGCGUUAGCUUCUUCCUCUGCUGCUUUUCUGAAUUGCAACGCCUCUUUCUUCGUUAUCCGAAGGCAACACUGCCCUUCUCGUACAGCUUUCCUCUGCACCAUACCCUUCUCUUCUUUACCUCGUUCGCUGUCUUCCUCGAGGCGUCGAUGUCCCGCACCUAUCAUUUCUUCUCUCAAGGAGAAUUUGGGUCACCUCUCCAAGACUUGGAGCGAUUUUACCAGCUUAAACUAUUGGGUCGUUCGGGACUAUCACCGGCUAGUUAAUUCUGUUAACGCCCUCGAGCCGCAGAUUCAGGGACUAUCUGAUGCACAGCUGACUGCAAAAACAACGGAGUUCCGAGACCGGCUAAGACAAGGGCAGACACUUGCGGACAUUCAAGCUGAGGCAUUUGCUGUUGUUCGUGAAGCUGCGAGGAGGAAGCUGGGAAUGCGGCACUUUGACGUGCAGAUCGUUGGUGGAGCAGUGCUUCACGAUGGUUCAAUCGCUGAGAUGAAGACAGGUGAAGGAAAAACACUGGUUUCAACGUUAGCUGCGUAUCUUAAUGCCCUUACUGGCGAGGGUGUUCAUGUGGUUACUGUCAAUGAUUACCUAGCUGAACGAGAUGCAGAGUGGAUGGGUCGUGUUCAUCGUUUCCUCGGCCUUUCUGUGGGUCUUAUCCAAAGGGGAAUGACAGCUGAAGAGAGGAGAUCUAACUACAGAUGUGAUAUUACUUACACCAAUAACUCAGAGCUUGGUUUUGAUUACCUCCGAGAUAACCUUGCUGGAAGUAGUGAACAACUUGUGAUGCGAUGGCCAAAACCAUUUAACUUUGCAAUAGUUGAUGAAGUUGAUUCAGUCCUUAUUGAUGAGGGGAGAAAUCCUCUAUUGAUAAGUGGUGAGGCAAGCAAAGAUGCCGCACGAUAUCCAGUUGCUGCAAAAGUUGCUGAACUGCUUGUACGGGGCUUUCAUUAUAAUGUGGAGCUGAAGGACAAUUCAGUGGAAUUGACUGAAGAAGGAAUUGCACUGGCUGAGAUGGCACUUGAAACAAAGGACUUAUGGGAUGAAAAUGACCCAUGGGCUAGAUUCGUUAUGAAUGCUUUGAAGGCUAAAGAGUUCUAUCGGCGGGAUGUCCAAUAUAUUGUUAGAAAUGGGAAGGCUCUUAUAAUCAAUGAGUUGACAGGGAGAGUAGAAGAGAAAAGGAGAUGGUCUGAGGGGAUUCAUCAGGCUGUAGAGGCUAAAGAAGGUCUCAAAAUUGAGGCUGAUUCUGUUGUCGUAGCACAAAUCACAUAUCAAUCACUGUUUAAGCUCUAUCCAAAGCUGUCAGGGAUGACUGGGACUGCAAAAACUGAAGAGAAAGAGUUCUUGAAAAUGUUUCAGAUGCCAGUUAUUGAAGUGCCAACAAAUCUGCCAAACAUUCGCAAGGAUUUACCUAUUUUAGCUUUUGCGACUGCACGUGGUAAAUGGCAACAUGUUCGAGAAGAAGUUGAGAGCAUGUUUAGACAAGGUCGUCCGGUUUUAGUGGGUUCCACAAGUGUUGAAAAUUCUGAAUAUUUGUCUCACUUGCUGAGAGAAUGGAAAAUCCCCCACAAUGUUCUCAAUGCACGACCCAAGUAUGCUGGUAGGGAGGCUGAAAUUGUUGCCCAAGCAGGGCGCAAAUAUGCCAUCACCAUUUCCACAAAUAUGGCUGGCAGGGGCACUGACAUAAUCCUGGGGGGAAAUCCAAAGAUGCUUGCAAAGGAAAUCAUUGAGGAUGGCCUGCUUUCCUUUUUGACACAAGACACUCCUAAUACAGAGGUCGAUGGCGAGCCAAUUUCACAAAAGGUAUUAUCAAAGAUAAAGGUUGGACCUUCUUCACUAGCUUUGCUAGCUAAGACAGCACUCAUGGCCAAACAUGUAUGCAAAAAUGAGGGUAAGAGCUGGACAUAUCAGGAAGCAAAGUGUAUUAUUUCAGAGUCUGUGCAGAUGGGCCAGUCAACAGAUUUGCAAGAGAUGGAGAUGCUUGUUAAUGAGCAGUCUGAGAUGUAUCCACUUGGUCCUUCAAUUGCACUUACUUAUCUCUCAGUUCUUAAGGAUUGUGAGACACAUUGCUUCAAUGAAGGAUUGGAGGUGAAGAGGCUUGGGGGCCUUCAUGUAAUUGGAACAUCAUUGCAUGAGUCUCGGAGAAUAGAUAACCAGCUCCGUGGCAGAGCAGGAAGGCAAGGGGAUCCUGGAUCAACCCGGUUUAUGGUGAGCUUGCAAGAUGAGAUGUUUCAGAAGUUCAAUUUUGACACGGAAUGGGCUGUGAAACUUAUAUCAAAGAUCACAAACGAUGAGGAUAUACCAAUUGAAGGUGAUGCAAUUGUAAAGCAGCUUUUGGCUCUACAAAUUAAUGCGGAGAAGUACUUUUUUGGCAUAAGAAAGAGCCUGGUAGAGUUCGAUGAAGUGCUAGAGGUGCAAAGAAGACAUGUAUAUGAGCUUAGGCAAUUAAUUUUAACAGGUGACUCUGAAAGUUGUUCCCAGCACAUAUUCCAGUACAUGCAAGCAGUGGUGGAUGAAAUCAUUUUUGGAAAUGUUGAUCCACUGAAGCAUCCAAGCAAGUGGAAUUUUAGCAAGCUCUUGAAAGAGUUCAAAGCAAUUGCUGGGAAGAUUUUAGAAGACUCUUUUGCAGCAAUUACUGACGAAGCUUUACUGAAAUCUGUCAGACAUCUCCACGAGUUAAGAUCUGUAAAUAUCAUUGACUUCCACCUUCCAAACUUGCCAUCACCUCCGAACACCUUUAGAGGAAUCCGUAGGAAGAGCUCUUCACUGAAACGUUGGCUUGCCAUAUGCUCUGAUGAUUCAACUAAAGAUGGAAGGUACCAACCAACUGUUAAUCUUCUUCGGAAGUACCUAGGAGAUUAUUUAAUUGCAUCCUAUUUGGACAUCGUAAAAGAAUCUGGUUAUGAUGAUGCAUAUGUGAAAGAAAUAGAGAGGACAGUGCUUCUGAAGACUUUAGAUUGUUUCUGGAGGGAUCAUCUUGUAAAUAUGAACAGGCUCAGUUCUGCUGUGAAUGUGAGAAGUUUUGGGCACAGAAAUCCUCUUGAGGAGUACAAAAUUGAUGGUUGUCGAUUUUUUAUCUCAAUGCUUAGUGCUACUCGUAGGCUAACUGUUGAAUCACUCUUGGCAUACUGGUCGUCUCCAAUGGAGUCACAAGAACUGUAUGUAUCAUAGAGGCAGAACUGUUGCAAUGCUGAAGAUGGUCAGCUACAUGACCUGAAUCCUGGUCCGGGAAGAUCAGUACUGCAUAUGUUGAACUCCUUUGCCACUACAAUUUUAAGAAAUGAGUUGGACAAGAUCAUCUUCAGGAAGCGUGUUUAAUGAGUCUGGGUUGAUUCAUUUUAUUGCUUCAAAGAAACACUGUUUUCAUUAGCUAAGUGCUGCUGGCUCAAUCUGAUUAAAAGGUCUCUUGAACCUUUAACUUGAUUCUAAUAUCCACAUAGUGAGAGCUGUGCCGAAAGCUACUGGUACAUGGUAAGGUGUCCCAUGUAGUAGGACGAAGAGUCGGUAAUGGAGAGGCUGAACAGUCACACCCACCAUAAGGCUACCAAGCAAACAGGCUUUUCCUCCGUACCCAAAGAAAAGUUCCUGGAUUGAAGUUCUUACCCACCACUCCCAAAAAUAGGGACACUGCAGGCACUGACACAGAUGUACUGAGGCAUUUAUUGGAACCCUAUACUUCAAGUGAGUUCUUUGCUACAUUGGGGAGAAUAAUGUUCCUUAUCCCUAUAAAAAAAGCAUAAACCUAGAACUACAUCCCAUGGUGUGAAUGGGUGUAGACCGGGAAAACUGUUCAUCUGUAGAAGAGCACGAUUCUGAGGAUUGAGCAAUCUGAAUUUAUGUUAAAAGAGUUUUAGUUUUGAAGCAAGAGAUGAAAAUAAGUACACUGGCUUGCUUUCUUGUUCCCUGUUGUUAACUGGGAUUUGCUUGCCAGACGGGGCAGUUCAAGGGGCUUGAAGACCAAUGCAGCAGGGCUCUCUUCUCUUGUUGCCAAAGUUGGUCUUGUGUCAUAGUCUUCACAUUCAGAAUUGGGUAUAAUGUAUAUGCUGUUGUUUCUUUAUAUUGAAUUGGAGAUGAGUUGAAGUUUUAAAUCAGUUUAUCGUGUUGUCCUUGUGAUUGUAAACCUUGUGGCUGAUUGUAUACAAGUUUGUUAGCUCUA